AUGAGGGUCAAAACAAUAUGGAACGGACACGAGCCACCAAACAAUGAUGCUGAAUCAUCCAAAGCCUGGAAAUGGCCUGUCCGUGCCAAAUAUGCAACGCUCCUUUCAACCCGAACUUCAUCGUCUGCUGCACAUCCCGACGAGGAGUGGAUUCAUGGUGUCCUCCUCGGUACAUGGGCCGCCGGAGGCAUCUCGGUUCUGAAUAUCCUGCUAGCGCUCAUUGCCAUUGGCAUCAGCUAUUCCCAAAGCGCCAACUCGCAUGGUUUCCUUAGCACUGAACUGUACAAUGGGAAUUGCACUUUGUCCAGUAGAUGGGCAACGGGCAUCCAUGUUGUCAUCAACGUCUUGUCCACCACCCUCCUCGAGGCCAGUAAUUACGCCAUGCAAUGCGUGUCGGGACCAUCCCGCACAGAUGUCGACAAAGCUCAUAGAAAACGCCGUUGGCUAGAUAUUGGGGUGAUGAGCUUUCGGAACUUUCGAGCCAUGAGUAUCAAGCGGAAACUUCUCUGGCUGGUUUUGCUUCUCAGCUCAGUCCCUAUUCAUAUGAUAUAUAACUCAGUGGUGUUUUCAUCCAUCUCUGCGCUCGAUUAUGGCACAAUACUCAUCCCUGAUGAUCUAACGCCGACUGAGUCCUUGGUCAGCGCGGGAGGAAGGGGCGCCUUUGUGAAAGCCAUCGGCAGCACGCCGGAGCUGAUUCAGACCGAAAUAUUCAACGGUACCUUUCAGAAUUUGAGUAAUGCUGAGUGCGUGAAAAAGUAUGAUGUGGAAUUUAACACGCAUCUCGGAACCCUGAUCUUAGUGGCUGAGCGACAGUAUUUUGGCAAUGCAAGCAGUCUCCAAUGGAGCUACUCAUCAGUAUAUGACUACGUCAAGAAUGUGGGGAAAAGCAACGUUGAGAAGUUAGUUGAUGAAGGGAGGUGGACAGCCGAAGGACUGGAAUGGACUAAACGAACAAUUGCUGUUAAUACCCCGGAAAUCCCCAUCUCCUACUGUAUGGAAAAGACCAUGUCCCAGCGGUGUCGGCUUCUAUUCAGUCCAUCAAUUGCGCUGGCCGUGAUUUUGUUCAACCUCACCAAGGUAGUCUGCAUGUACUUGACUGCCAAAACGGACCGCUCUGAGAUCUUCUUGCGAGUAGGAGAUGCCAUAUCGUCCUUCCUCGCCCAUCCAGAUCCCACAACUAAGGGCCGCUGUCUAAUGUCCCGGGCUGAUAUGGAUCGAGGACCGCAUCGAUGGGAGCCAUUGCCCCGAUGGAAGGACUUCAUACGAAAGAGGAUUUGCCGUGACCCAGAAAACCAGACAGACAUCCCCAUGGAAAACCGUCGCAUGUUGGAGCAGGCAGAUUUUUCAGAAACCUCCCCGAGAAUGCUACCACGUCGAAAACGAUGGUUUCGGGCGGCCAGUUUGUGCCGCUGGGCGAGUAUAGUAGUCAUGUUCACCGUCUGCUUCUUCAUCUCCUACUUGAUAUACUUCGACCUAAUUAUCGAGGGAGACGGCUGGUCUCUCUCCGAGCAAUGGAGCCUGGGAUUCGGCUCCGCCAGCUCCCAAACCAGUAUCCGGUUUCCAGGAGACAACAUGAUCGCCCUCGUCCUUCUCAGCAACACCCCCCAACUAGUCUUCUCAAUCAUCUACUUCACCACCAACAGUCUCCUCUCCUGCAUGCUCGUCACAGCCGAAUACAACGACUACGCCGUCGACCGCAAACCCCUCCGGGUCUCCUGGCCCCGCGGCCAACAACGCUCAACGUACUACCUCGCCCUGCCUUACCGCUACAGCAUCCCGCUGUUCAUCAUGUCUGUUACGCUGCACUGGCUGCUUUCUGAAAGCUUCUUCUACGUCAACAUCACAGUGUAUGAUGUUUUCGGCCAUGAGGAUACAAAUAGCUCUAUUAAGGGUUGCGGCUUCUCUCCUAUCGCCAUUUUUAUCAUUACUAUCUUGGAGGGUGUGUCAUUUUUCUCGCUGUUGGCACUGGGAAUGAAGAAGUUUCGGUCCCGGAUGCCGAUCGCGGCACAUUGUAGUGCGGCGAUUAGUGCUGCGUGUCAUCCUCCUCAUGGUGAUGAUGAUGCGGGGCUUAAGGCUGUUGCGUGGGGCGAGGUUGGUGGGAUAGAUCAGUUUGUACAGGUGGAUUUGGAUACGGGUGUAGAGACGAGGUCUAUGAUUGAAGCUGGAGGUGGAGGUGGAGGUGGUCAGGGCGAAGCGUAUGCUCAUUGCACGUUCACCUCGUUUGAUGUUACGAUGCCGGUGAAGGGGAGGUUAUAUAGUUGA